GCAUGGAGUCCGUGGUAGAGGCACUGGGAGGCACACUAAGGACGCAGUUGAUGAAGUAAAGAAUAGAUGGCGGAGUUGUCGCGACCAAUUUCGCAAAGAAAUGGCCCAUCACGGCCGCAGUGGUUCAGGGCCACUGAAGAAAAGGCCCUAUAUUUAUAAAGAGCAGCUAAUGUUCCUCAGAGACAUAAUGGACGUGCGCCCGACGGAAGACAACCUGGAGGAAGAGACGGAGCAGGCUGCCCAGGAGCAGCAGGCUGCUGCUGAGGAAGACAUUCCACCUUCCCUGGACACUGAGGAGAUGUCAGAAGCUGGCCCAUCAACCAGCUCCACGCCCCACAUCCCUCCUGCAGAGUAUGCACCUUCACUUCAGCUGGGGGCACGCCGGAAACAGUCAAUGCCCACAGCUGUAGUGGAGGUGAAUACUCGUGUACUCAACUACAUGUCCAGAGUCCGGCAGGAGGACCAUUACGAAUUAUAUGGGCGCAGUAUUGGAUCCCUAUUAAAAAAAGUUCCUGAAGAUCUUUAUCUGCGGACCCAAGGCGCCAUUGGGAUCAUCAUUCAGGCAGCCACUCCGGCAAAAGAUCCCACAGAAUUAUUUAUUGCACUAGAAAAUUGGCGCUUAUAUGGGAACAUCCAUGGGCCACCAUCUAGGCCUCCAUCUCAGUUUCCCAACAGGCCACCCCACUACCCUCCUCCUCCUCGGCAACCAUACCUCCCUCCACCCCAACAAUAUGGUCCCCUAUACAGUACAGAGGCAUCAUAUCCUCAACCUGCACCCUCCGCAGCUCAGGCUGCUCCACCCUAGCACUUUGCCCCCUCUUCACAGGGCAGUUACCAGCCAUCGCAAUCCG